AUGGAUUCUAGAAAUAGAAGCACAGUAACCGAGUUUAUUAUCAUAGGAUUCCCAACCCUGUAUGAAUAUGGUCCUUUCCUCUUCCCUUGCCUCCUGUUGGUAUAUCUCCUCACUGUCAGUGGCAACGUGCUUGUAUUUACAAUAAUACGCCUGGAUUCCCGCCUUCAAACGCCCAUGUACUUCUUCAUCAGUGUCUUGGCCUUCCUGGAGAUCUGGUAUACAGCAGUCACCAUUCCAAAGAUGUUAAUCAACAUUUUGUAUCCUAGGAAAAGUAUAUCAUUUAAUGGGUGCCUCUUGCAGACCUAUUUCUUCCAUUCUCUUGGAGCAAGCGAGUGUUAUCUUCUCACCGCCAUGGCCUACGAUCGCUAUUUGGCAAUAUGCCAACCUCUGCACUACUCUACAAUUAUGAGUUCUAAAAUGUAUUUUCGGCUGACAGCCAUCUGUUUUACCUGCGGAUUCCUAUGUCCCAUAACGGAAGUGGCUUUAAUUUCUCAGCUCCCUUUCUGUGGCAGCAAUGAAAUUCAACAUAUCUUCUGUGACUUCCCACCCCUUCUUAGCCUGGCAUGUACUGACACCUCAGUUAAUGUGCUAGUAGAUUUUGUUAUCAAUAGUUUUAUUAUUUUAGUGACAUUCCUCUUUAUCAUGAUCUCUUACAUUAGAAUUAUUAUUGCCAUUUCAAGAAUAAGUACCUCAGUGGGGCGAGCCAAAGCUUUCUCUACUUGCGUGUCCCACCUUUCCGUAGUGCUAGUGUUCUUCUCCUGCAUUGUAUUUAUGUAUGUGAGACUUACCAAGAGUUACUCUUUGUAUUAUGACCGGGUGUUAGCAGUCAUCUACUCAGUCCUUACUCCUAUCUUUAAUCCACUCAUAUAUAGCCUACGGAACAGAGACAUUAGGAUUGCCAUUAAAUACAGAAUAUUUAAAAGAUGA